GCAGUUCGUCCGAAGCCGCGCGAAACAUCCCCACCUUGAGUAACCAGGGUCGUCUUUCCCCGCUUUCAUAACCCACUAGGUCACACGGGCCUUGUGUUGUCCAGUUUGGUUAAAGAUGCGAGACAAAGGCCACUCGUGCGACGUCGAGAGCCCUCUGGAACGUCAUAUCCGAGGUCCAAGACGAAGGAUAUGCCGUCUCAAUAGCGUGAACGUGGAAGCAUCAAGGCCAUGACGAGUACCUCUAAGCGACGGGAGAGAAGCGCCAAUCCUGUGCCAGUAGGACGUCUAAUUUAACAAUGGCGCCUGAAAAUUUCGGCAUCUUUUUCCAUACUGAGGAGCUAGAGUACACUUAGCCGGCCACCCUUUACGGCCGUGUUUGCCUUGCAGCAUGUGAACGCUGCUACUGGGUACAUAUCGCCGCCUGCAUCCUCCAAAGUCCCACAGCAGUCCUCAAGACAUUGCCCACCAUGGCUCAACUCGACACUACACAUCUAUCAACGCCCCAGCUCCUCGGUGCCCUGGCUGCCCUCUAUAUUGGUUACAGUGUCGCCCGCAGGUUCUAUAUCAAUGCGCAAAUCAAUAAAUUGGGCGCUCGCGCGCCGCUUCGAAGCAGUUACCUCCCCUGGGGUAUUGACAUAGCUUGGGAAGCCGUCCAGAGCGCGCUGGAGGACAAAACCUACGAGAUGUGGACCAACAUGUUCAACAGGGAGUGUGGGACCGGACGCUACACCGUUGAGGUUGGGAUCGGCGAUCGCCUCAUCAUGACUGCAGAACCGGAGAAUAUUAAAGCUAUUCUGGCGACUCAGUUUAAAGACUAUGGCAAGGGAGAGCAAUUCAGAAAAGACUGGUACAACUUUUUGGGCAACGGCAUCUUCACCACUGACGGUGAGCUAUGGCACAACUCACGCCAGCUGAUCCGCCCGCAAUUUAUCAAGGACCGCCUCAGCGACAUUGACAUUUUUGAGGAGCAUACACAGACUCUUAUCUCCAAGAUUGGCCAUGGUCAAGAAAUCGAUAUGCUCGACAUGAUGUUUAGAUAUACCUUGGACGCAGCCACACAUUUCCUACUGGGCCAAAGUGUCGGCAGCCUGGAAGAGCCAAAGACUGAAUUUGCCGAUGCAUUCUACAACGCCCAGCGUGUCCAGAGCAUCAUCGCCAGGGUUGGCCCCUUGAACUGGGUCGUCCCUCGCAAAUACAUGGGCUUCUACGACUCCAUCAACAAAAUUAACCAAUUCGUCUCCACCUUCAUCGACCGCGCCCUGGCCCUCUCCCCCGAGGAACUAGAAAAAAUCUCAAAAACCGACGAAGACUACACCUUCCUCCACGCCCUGGCAUCCUACACCCGCGACCGCUCCACCCUUCGCGACCAAAUCGUCAACGUCCUCCUCGCAGGCCGCGACACCACCGCCUGCACCUUGACCUGGGCAAUCUACCACCUCUCCAUGGACCCAGUCAUCACCGCCAAACUCCGCCAGGAAAUCAUAGACACCGUCGGCCUCGACAACAAACCUACCUACGAGAAUCUCAAGAACAUGAAGUACCUCCAGCACAUCAUCAACGAGACGCUACGCCUCUACCCCGUAGUCCCGUACAACGUCCGCAUGGCACUGAAAGAUACUACGCUCCCCACGGGCGGCGGUCCCGACGGCACUCUACCCAUUGGCAUUCGCGCGGGAACCGCAGUCGGCUACUCAACCCUCAUCAUGCAGCGCCGCGCAGAUUUGUAUCCGCCCUCGUCUCCUUCAUUUCCUCCGCCAUCGGCAUUUGCGCCAGACAGGUGGGACUCGUGGACGCCCAAGAGCUGGACGUAUAUUCCGUUUAACGGGGGUCCCAGGAUCUGUAUCGGACAACAGUUUGCGCUUACGGAAAUGGGGUACACGCUUGUGCGCUUGUUCCAACGGUUUGAGAAGGUGGAGAAUAGGAUGGGUGGUGUGGAGCCUGGGCUGCAUGCGGAUAUUGUGUUGCAGCCUGCUAAGCAGAUUAAGGUUAUUUUCAAGUGAAUAGGUAGGUUGGGAGAUUGAGAUGGGAUAGUUUUUUUUCUUGGAUAUCUCUUUAGUAACGGCCGAUACACUCCUCGUUUCUACGUGUUCCUUGCAAGUAUAACGAUAAAAUGACAUACAAGUUCCCUGAUAUACACUUGAACAACUCGAUCAC